CGCUCACAGCGAAUUUGGUUUACUGCGUCAAAACUUUGUGGACGUAUUUCUCUUGAUUUUAUUUCUUCACAAUUGUGGCUUAAUUCGUGCACAGCUAGCACCGUCUACAUUCGUCUCGAACGAAACGCUUCUUCCAUGAUAGGGAAGGAAUGCAGAACGCGUUAAUUUGACCUGAAUUGUGUUCACAUUUGCUGUGUUUUUGUGACUGAAAGCUCACCAUUCACAUCAUACCACUCAUCCAGCCUUCGCCAGCACAGAUACGGGUGUGCAAAACAAAGCGAAGAAGAAGGCAAACGGGAAGAAACCCAAAGUGUUGGAAAUUGCUGUGGAGGAUUCGUACGUGCCAAGAGGAGCAGGUAUCCCGUUUUGAGAAAAAGAUAUUCAUUCUGAUAAGCGUCGAAGGAGAGCAGCUUUCUUAUCUCGAGCAGCUUUCGUGCCUACAAUCACACAGCGCUCACGGGGUGGGUCUAUAUUACGUCCUUCGGGCGAAAGCAGCAAGAGCGAGAGGGAGAAACGUCAUCAUCGCACAAGCUCUCUGAACUUGUUACGACAAGUUGAAGUAGGCACAGGGAACGGAACGGAGAGGACUUUUCGCCCGUGCUGGAGUAGAACGGUGAGUGGGACCGUCCGAUCGAUUCAAUACUAUCUCCGUUUGCUGUGUCUGGAAUACGCAAGCAAAGUUCCGGGGCUGUGACACGGAUAUAGUGUGAACCCCCGCGUAUUGCGCCUCCCUGCGUGGCUGGCGGCGGAAUAGCUCAUCCGACGCUUGUAUGGGCAACAUCGUCUUACGGAGUCGCAUCCUGGAGAGUAUGAACAACUUCGAGCACGCUGAGGAUGCUGACGGCGAUUUUGAGCUGCUGCGCGAACGCUUGUUCAACGAUAUCCAGCUAAAUGACGAAGAGGAAAGCACCUAUGGGUCCGGCGGCGAGUUUGCCUCGAUUUUGCGCCAUCUCAUACGCAGUGGCGAGAUAAUGGUGCUCAACUACGAAAGCUACAUGCAUCAUCCACUGCCGGUAAUCAAGAAGAAGCCAAAUUUGGAGAAGCUAAAGCACAAUGACCUUUACCAUUCGACAAAGGCUGCAGCUGGGGUGAAGGAAAUGCCGGCAGCGAGUGCAGGCGGGGCGGCGGCCUCUAGCGCCCCAUUUUCGCUGAUGAGCAUGGUCACCCAACGACAGCAUGGCCUGGGCAAGCGGCAGGGAUCGUUUGAGCCGAGCGAAAUGUGCCGUAUUACGAACCACUUUCGGCCGAACACGUUUACCGAGACGGUGAGCGCUUGCGAUACGAAGGUGUUCUGUGGCAAGUUUACCAGCAACGGCGAUCGGUUCGUCACGGCCAGCCAGGACACUUGGGUGCGUGUGUACGACUCGACCAGCAGCCAGUACAAGCUGUUGCGUCUGCUCGAUACGAAGCACGUGUCGUGGUCAAUCCUGGACAUGGAUUUCAGCCCGGACGGACAGUCGUUCGUGUACAGUACCUGGGCCGACGCAUUGUUUAUUUCUAGCAUGGACCGCGGCAUGUCGGAUAGCAUACAUUCGCUUUAUCUGAGCCCAAACAAUCAGAAGCUGGGAGUGUUCACCGUAUGCUAUUCGGGGUGCGGCAAGCACAUCUUGUGCGGCGCCAACGAUGGCACACUGUACGCUUACGAUCUGGAGGCAAAUCAACGCACGCUGAUGGCGCCCGUUGCGCGUGUCGAUAUGGACGUCAAUACGGUCGGCUUUGUAGAGGAGUUGUCGAACAUAUUCUACAGUGGAAGUGACGAUGGUGUAAUCAAGUUGUGGGAUCGUCGCUGCAUUGACGAAUCGAACCCGCAACCGGUUGGCCGAUUGAUCGGCCAUUUUGACGGUAUCACGUACAUCGAUUCGCGGAACGAUGGUCGCUACAUCAUUUCGAACUCGAAGGACCAGAGCAUUAAGCUGUGGGAUCUGCGCAAAAUGACACCUUCUUAUGCCCGACCGGAACACGUGUACAGCAACUGGGACUACCGAUGGGACGAUGUACCCAGACGCUUCUUCAACGUUAAGAGAGCGCAGAGAGGAGACACCAGCAUCAUGACCUACCGUGGCCACAAGGUGCAGAAGAGUUUAAUCCGCGCGAAAUUUUCACCCGCCAGUACCACCGGCCAACGGUACAUCUAUACCGGUUGUGGCACGGGCCGUUUGAUAAUUUACGACGUCCUCACAGGCAAGAUUGUCGAAGCAAUCGAAGGACACCAUGAUAUUGUACGCGAUGUUGCCUGGCAUCCGCAUCGAACAGAAAUCAUCACAUGUUCGUGGGAUUGCACCGUUCACCGGCACACGUACUGCAGUCCGAUCGAGAAGCAGGAGCAACGGGACAAGUUGCUCGAUUUGAAAACGCGCCGUCUGUCCUACACGAGUCGUUCGAAUGGUGUCGUUUCCGAGAGUGAAGUAUCGGAACAGCCGCCGGUACGCCGAUCGCGCCGUUUAGCGGAGCGCAACAGCAAUGGUGGCCGGGUCAGCGCCAGCAGUAGCAGUAGCAGCAGCGUCAGUAGCAGCAGCAGCAGCAGCAGUAGCAAUGGCAGCCUUGCCAGCAAUGGAAGCACCAGCGGCCGUAGUUCGAGCUCGGGCCGAAUCAGCCGCAAUAGGAACGUAUCGGCGUCGCGGCACAUUGCAUCCGGAAGUGCUUUCCGAUCACUGCACAGACGCCAUCAUCGCGGCAGCCCAUGAGGUACGGAACUGCAAGAGGAGACACACAUCACCCUUGGUAGGUAAGUACCGGUAUAAAAGAGGGUAGAGUGGUACAUGAUGGAGUGCGUGGUACGCCUCCACUGCGCCACCGUGCAGAGGGUGAAGAGGGGUGAAGCUAUUUGAAAUCGGAAGUAAUUUUUGAAGUGUUUUUUUUUUGCUACUAGAAGGUUUGCUGUGUACUGCAAACUACUGAACUUAUCAUUUUCGUUUCACUUUAUCACUUUCUCUCUAUCUCUCUAUUUGCUAAGAUGAUUGAGUGUUUAUUCCGUUUUUAAAGUAAUCGAUCACGUAGAUACAAGAUUGCACUGUAUGUUGUUAUGCCGA